GUGCAAUCUGCUCGACAGCUCAUUGCUCAGGGGUGCAAGCAUUGCCCCAACAAUGAGGACGUGUGGCUUGAGGCCGCCCGCUUGGAGAAGCCAGCCAACGCCAAGGCGGUGCUCGCCAAGGCGGUGAAGUCCCUGCCCCACAGCGUGCGUUUGUGGAUCGACGCCGCCAACCGUGAGACGGACCUUCAAGCCAAAGGCCGUGUGCUUCGCAAGGCCUUGGAGUUCAUCCCCAACUCCGUGCGUCUUUGGAAGGAGGCAGUGAGUUUGGAGGACGAGACCGAAGCACGCGUGAUGUUGAGCCGCGCCGUGGAAUGUGUGCCGCACUCGGUGGAAAUGUGGCUGGCGCUGGCGAAGCUGUCAGCCUACAAGGACGCCCAGAAGGUCCUCAACGAAGCGCGCAAGCACAUCCCGACCAGCCCUGUGAUUUGGGUGACCGCUGCCAAGCUGGAAGAGACUCAGGGCAACGAGAAGAUGGUGGAGCUGAUUUUGACCCGCGCGAUCGACUCGUUGGCAGCGAAUGGCGUGACUCCCGACCGUGACAUGUGGCUGAAACAGGCUGAAGAGGCGGUGGAAAGAGGCGACGACUGGAUCAACCGACUGGAUCAUCACUCGUCCGUUGUGAAGACGAGUCCGGCAGAGAAGACUGGCUUCAUUAAGACGUGCCAAGCCAUCAUCAAGGUCACCAUCAAGGUGGGUGUGGACGAGGAUGUGAAAGGCAUGAAGCAGAACUGGAUCCAGGAUGCAGACGCUGCCAUCAACAGAAACUCCAUCGAGGUGGCCCGAGCGAUCUACAACAAUGCGGUGAUGCACUUGAAGGGCAAGAAGGGCCUUUGGCUGCGCCUGGCGGAGCUGGAGACGAAGUAUGGCAACGCGGAAUCCUUGGACAACGUGCUGCAGCGUGCAGUGACCUACUGUCCCCAUGCUGAGAUCUUGUGGCUCAUGGCGGCCAAGCAGAAGUGGCUCCGUGGAGAUGUGGCUUCGGCGCGAAGGAUCCUGGCCGAAGCCUUCAGUCACUCCAAAGAGUCAGAAGCGAUUCACUUGGCCGCCGUGAAGCUGGAGAGUGAAAACAACGAGAUUCAGCGAAGCCGUCUGCUGCUGGCUCGAGCCCGUCAGCAGUGUAACACGCCCAAGGUCUGGAUGCAGUCAGUUCAGCUGGAGAGGGAGCAAGGUUUGUACCAGCAAGCCUUGCACUUGUCAGAGGAGGGUCUCAAGGAGCACCCUUCCUUCGCAAAGAUGUGGAUGAUUGGUGGGCAGAUCCACAUGGAAAAGUCACCACCAGAGCUGGCGGAGGCUACGAAGUUCUUCGAGCGCGGUCUUCAGAAGUGCCCCAGGAGCGUGCCUCUGUGGCUGUGCGCCGUGGAAUGUGAGAUCAAGCAGCAGAAGUACACCAAGGCACGCUCCUUGUUGGAGAAGGCCCGGCUGCGCAACCCAGGCGCCGACCUCUUGUGGCUCAAAGGCGUCGAGGUGGAGUUGUUGGAUGGUAGCGAGCGCUUGUCGCACCAUCUCAUGAGCAAGGCCUUGCAGGAGUGCCCCACCAGCGGCAUUCUAUGGGCAAAGGCCAUCGAGCUGGAGCCGAAGCAGGGGCAAAACGCCAAGAGUGUGGAUGCCUUGAAGAAGUGUGAGAACGACGCCCACGUGAUCAUUGCUGUGGCCAAGCUCUUCUGGCGCGAUGGAAAGAACGCCAAGGCACGCAAAUGGUUCAACCGCGCAGUGACCCUCAACCCUCGUUUGGGCGAUGCCUGGGGCGCCUAUUUGGCCUUCGAGCUCGAGAACGGCACCUCCCAUGAGCAACGCGAGGUGAUCCGCAAGUGCGUGGAUGCCGAGCCCAACCAGGGAUUGGAAUGGAACAAGAUCGUCAAGAAGGUUGCAAACUGGCGUGCCAAGUGGGCAGUGAAGCUCAAGCGCUUUGUGGAGGAGGCGUACCCGACGGAGUUCAACGCCAAAGCACUGAACCGCGAGGUGGAACUGCUCUUGCAGGGUGAGGAUCCUUAUGCUGCCAUGGCCACUGCACAGGAAGAGGCUGCAGCUGAGAAGGAUGAGUUGGACGUGAAGGACGAGGGUGGUGUGAAGAUGGAAUCCUUUGAGCCGGCCACCUCUUUCUCGGGCGCCCGACCGGGCUGGUGCUUCAAGAUGGGCCGGGAAGCUGAAAAGACUGUUCGUCGCCGCGUUUGGUGCGGGCGAAGCCCGAUGAAGAUGGAUUUUGAGGAUUUUCCGGAUUCCAACCCCCCUGAAAAGCCCGAAUUGCACUCCUAG